UCAAAAACACAUUUUCGCUUUUUAUUAAUUUGUUUCAUAAAAUCAAAUUAUGCAACCAAACCCGGAAGGUACUUGGAACUUUGAACCACUCAAAGACGGCUCACCACCAAAGAAAAAAUAAAAAAAUAAAAAAUUUAUUAUAUUAAAAUUUAAAUACAGCUUCUACUAAGCUGUAUGUCCAAUAUACACUGCUACGCGUUUCGGCUUUCGUUUUCUCUCUCUUCUCUCUCUUAUAUUCAAAAUCCAAACUUUGAAUCCGGAAGACCCAAAAGCAGGGAAAGAUUUUGGGGAGAACAUGGCUUUGAAAGCCAACUGUUUCUUGAUCUUCAAUCCCAUUCUUCUUUUGAUUUUCUCGAUCAUACCCUUUUCAAUUUCUCAAUCCCCUGUAGCACCAGCUCCGGCCGCCGAUUCCUGCAACGGCGUGUUCGUAUCCUACGCAUACUCCAGCGGCCGGAAACUCCCUCCGACCGUGAAGUCCCACCAGGGCUACCGGUUCGAGUCUACGCUCACUGUGAUCAACAAUGGCCAAGAGGAGCUCAAGUCUUGGAGGGUCUUCGUGGGUUUUCAACACGACGAGUACUUAGUCUCUGCAUCGAAUGCUGUGCUCGCUGAUGGUACUAGUUUACCUGCCAAAGUUGGGAACGGCACCGUUUUCGCUGGCUACCCGAUGUCCGAUCUCAAAACGGCGAUUGAGACUGCUGGGGACGUUACCCAGAUGCAGGUUCAGGUCAAUCUGGUUGGGACUCAGUUCGGUGUUGCCUCGCCAGGUGUUCCUUUGCCUAACAAUAUUUCGCUGGCUAAUGAUGGCUUUAAUUGCCAGAAGGUUGCUGGGCUAGGGAAGAAUGAGAUGCAAGUCUGUUGCACCGCAGACAAAAACUUCAAAUCGAAUGUCACCACAGAUGAAGAGUUUCUUCCCCGUCAAAAUGGUGAUCUUACAAUUAUGUAUGAUGUGACAAGUACAUAUCCCUCAAAUUACUGGGCACAAGUCACAAUCUCUAACCAUAACUCUCUAGGCCGUCUUGAUAAUUGGAAAUUAAGCUGGGACUGGAUGAGGGAUGAGUUUAUCUAUGUAAUGAAAGGGGCUUAUCCAUCUAUUGUUGAUUCCUCUGAGUGUAUUUUUGGGGAACAAGGAAAUUACUACCAGGAUCUAGACUUCUCCACUGUAUUGAAUUGCCAAAGGAGGCCAACCAUAGUUGACCUACCUCCAACGAAGUACAAUGACACAAACCUUGGGAAGAUUCCAUAUUGUUGUCGAAAUGGUACUAUCUUGCCACCCAAUAUGGAUCCAAGCUUGUCUAAAUCAUCAUUCCGGCUUCAGGUCUUUAAAAUGCCUCCAGAUCUCAACCGCUCCAAACUUGAGCCACCACAAAACUGGAGAAUCAAUGGCACACUCAACCCUGACUAUAAAUGUGGCCCUCCUGUGCGGGUGAGUCCUAGUGAAUUCAGCGAUCCAAGUGGAUUACCAUCCAAUUCAACUGCAGUGGCCAGUUGGCAGGUUGUGUGCAAUAUAACACAACCGAAGGGAGAAAAACCUAAAUGUUGUGUUUCAUUUUCUGCUUACUACAAUAAUUCCAUUAUACCAUGCAAUACUUGUGCAUGUGGGUGCCCUAAGAACACAGAUAAGACCUGUAGCACUACUUCACCAGCUAUGCUUCUUCCACCUGAGGCGCUUCUUGUUCCCUUUGAGAAUCGAACUGUCAAGACAAGAGCUUGGGCUGAACUCAAUCAUCUACCAAAUCCAAACCCAUUGCCGUGUAGCGAUAACUGUGGGGUUAGCAUCAACUGGCAUGUAAACACUGACUACUCUCGUGGAUGGAGUGCAAGGAUCACACUUUUCAACUGGGGUGAAACUAAUUUCGUUGAUUGGUUUGCUGCUGUACAACUUGACAAGGCAGGACCUGGCUUUGAAAAAAUGUACUCUUUCAAUGGAAGUACCUUGGAUGGGGCCAACAACACCAUAUUCAUGCAGGGCCAUUCUGGAUUGAACUACCUCGUAGCGGAAGCAGAUGGAGCCAACCCAGAGAAGGAUCCUAGAGUGCCUGGAAAACAGCAAACGGUGAUCUCAUUUACAAAGAAGAAGACUCCUGGAAUUAAGGUUGCUGAAGGAGACGGGUUUCCUACAAAAGUAUUCUUUAAUGGAGAAGAGUGCUCACUUCCAUCAAUAUAUCCAAGCAGUGGUUACAGAAAGAGCUUAACCAUAGUUUCUUCAGUACUCUCACUAGUUACAAUGUUCAUAUUGGCUCUGCAUUAACCGGGGAGAUGAAGUCCUGCAUAAUUCUGUAGCUGCUGCUCUGAUUUUUUAAUUCUUUCAGGGAUUUGAUUGAUGUAAUAUAUGCGCUCAACCAGGUUGUGAUAUUAAUGAGUUCUGAUUAGUCUUGGUAGUCUUGUUGUCCAUCCAUAUCUUCUGGGAGGAGGAUAUGUACGAUAGCUUGCGACGGCAAUCAUAUAUAGUUGGUAUAAAACUUUAUAUUUUGUGGAAAACAUUAUUGAGCCAAAGUUUUUCUUGGUGAAUCUUGAUGUUAACGAUAGGACAUUUUCGUGAUUUAUUGUUGUAUAAGAUAGUGUUUGUGUA